AGACCUGCGGUUCCAUUCAUCUUCGUCGUCCUGGGGGGCGAGGCGGGGGCGCCCAUUGUCGUGCGCGUAUAAAAGCACGGGCUGAGGCCGGUCGUGUGCCACACUCGCGAAGCAGACACUCGCGUGCCACUCCAAAGUUGUGCUGCGCACGCGUCUCCGCUCACCUGACCGACAUCUUCCUCAGCGCCGACACAUGGACGCGUACGUGCACGACAUCGACAGCAACAGCUGCGACUUUUUCCCGCUGACCGACGACGAGGACUCCCGCGCCAGCACGCUCUCCGCUUCUCCGCCGCGCACUCAGCAGAAGAAGCGGCGGCGCGGACGUGCGCGCAGCGAGGCCACCGUGCACGUCGUGAAGAAGAACCGGCGCCUGAAGGCCAACGACCGCGAACGCAACAGGAUGCACAACCUGAACGACGCCCUGGACGAGCUGCGCGGGGUUCUUCCUGCGCUUCCAGAUGAGAGCAAGCUGACCAAGAUCGAGACCCUCCGUCUGGCCCACAACUACAUAUGGGCACUGUCCGAGACCCUGCGCAUAGCGGACCUCGCCCUCCACGACCACCAGAGGCCAGCUGCAGAGCCCUGGUUCUCCUGCAGGUCCUCACCUUCUUCGUCGUCCUCCCCAUCAUCAUCAUCAUCAUCGCCACCAUCAUCAUCGUCGUCUUCGCCGGCGUACAGCGCGUGCAGCCCGGGAAGCCCUCACGCGCACGAGGAGGCGCUCUUCGGCCUGCGGGCCUUCGUCCCGGGAGUCUUCUGACGGACCAGCACCUGCAGCAGAACAUUCAGAACCUCAUGGAGCGCCACUGGACCGCAAGUGCUGGACUAAAGAGUGAUGCGUGCGCGCGCUCGUCGCAGUACUCACUUGCACUUUUUUCUUUUUCUUUUUCUUUUCUGGGGGCUCCUUCCACGUGAGGUGGGUGGGAGGUGAAAGGUCAACUUUACAAUUAGUUGUGUUAAAAAAGAGAAGAAAAGAGCGUGAAAUCCACUUUGACAAAAGACUCAUUGAUUAUUCAUGACCUCUUGAUCAUUUCUAUAUCUUUAU